CGGGGCAGCGCACCGGGCCGCGCACCGGCCGCUCCGCUCCCGCUCCCUCCCGCUCCCGCCGCCAUGUCGGGCCCGGGCCCGGCGCCGGCCUGGGCGCCCACCCACGUACAGGUGACGGUGCUGCGGGCGCGGGGGCUGCGGGCCAAGGCGGCGGCGGGCGGCGGCGGCAGCGACGCCUACACCGUGAUGGCGCUGGGCCGCGACAAGUUCUCCACCUCGGUGGCGGAGCGGUGCCAGGGGCAGCCGGUCUGGCGGGAGGAGGCCACCUUCGAGCUGCCGCCGCCGCCGCGACCCGCCGCCCUCCGCCUCACCGUGCUGCACCGCGCCCUCGUCGGCCUCGACAAGUUCCUGGGACGCGCCGAGGUGGAUCUGGCGGCGCUGAGGGCCGACGGCGGCCGCCGGCACUGCAGGUGGUACAAGCUUCGCUCCAAACCAGGGAAAAAAGAAAAGGAGAGAGGGGAGAUCGAAGUGGAUAUCCAGUUUAUGAGGAGCAACAUGACAGCCAGUAUGUUUGAUUUGUCCGUGAAAGACAAGUCUCGCUCUCCCUUUGGCAAGCUCAAAGACAAGCUCAAGGGGAAGAGGAGCAGUGGCCUUUCCGACACGGCGUCGGUGAUCAUUCCCAGCACGACUCACUCCCCCGCUGACAGCGAAGAUGAGUCAGUUGAGAAGGAGAAGGAAAAGAAGAAAUCAAAGUUCAAAGCCCUGUUUUCCAAACCUGGCCUGCAGAAGACGUCCCUCUCCCAGUCCAUGUCAGUCCUGCCAACGCAGCCCGUCACCGAGAGGGUUCGGCUGCGGCCCAGCGACUUCCAGUCACAAUGGGACGAUGAAGAGUCAGACGCCUCUCCAACCUCAGAAAGAGCCUUUGGAAAUGCCCUGGAAGAGAAGUCCUCUCCUUCUCUUGUAUUUAAGUCUCGUAAAACAGCAACUUUGGACAGCAGGCAACUAAACCAAGUAACCACUAGCCACACCAAGAAAGAAGGGCUCUCUUUGUUCAGUGGCCUUAAAUCCAAAAGCGAUCCUGUUUCCAAGUCCAGUCUGUGUAUCAACGGCAGUCACGUUUAUAUGGAAGAGAGCACGACGAAGGACAACACUCCAGCCUCUUCCCCCUCUCCUCACAACUUCAGGAGGAAGCAGCUCUUUGCUUCAGAAGAGAACCUGUCUUCCAGAUCUGCUAAAGUUCCUGAAGAGACGGGAAGAACAUCUCCUAGUCAUGCUUUCUCUGGGUCUGCGUCUUUGGAGACCUUUAAAUCUAUGACUUUGCCAUCGUACAAAUUGCUUAGCAGUGAAGAAUACCUGGAAACCAGCGUUCCUCCAACUGUUGAGGUUAUUAAAGAGACGAAAAAAACGGACCACAAAAAGUCUGCCUUGCUCUCCCUGGUCACAGGGAAGAAGGAAGCAGUGAAGACCAGUGAUGCUGAGAACAUUCCCGACAGGACCCUGCUGGAAGAGGAAAACAAAGUUCCAGAAGAGAAGAGUGAACAAGAGACCAAACACUUUGAACUUCCAGCAGAUUUAAGCAGAGGGGAUCCUUCAGGAGACAGACGCCGUGCAGAAGACGUCUUUGCAAAUAAGCAACCGCUCAACCCUUUCGAGGAAGAACCGAAACCUGAAAAAGCUGCUGCGCCAGCAAAGACCAAAGCCGUGAAGCCCAGACUGGGCGUGCCUUCAGAGGAGAAAACCAAAGCCACGCUUCCUACUCUUGCACCUGAUUCCCUUCCUGCUUUUCUUUCUGUACACCCUAUCAGUAGUGACAAUAAUCCUUUUGUUUCUAAAAUGGGGCAAAAUGUCCGAGUGGCAGACUCUGAAAACAUUACUAGUUCUCCUGCAUCUAUUACUUCUCCUGCUUUUGCUGCAGAGCUUUUACAUGGCAAGAACCCCUUUACUUCUGAGUGGGGCAGGGCAUCCGCAGCCCUGGGUUCUGAAGGCAUUGCCCGUCUCCCUUCACCCCAUCCGCUUGCAGCCUCUGUUCCCAAAACGCCUCUUUCUGGGCAGGUCUCUGGCAGUGGUAAUAAUCCUUUUGCUUCCGAAUGGUGCCAAGGUCCUAGAAGCUCUGAUGCGCAGGCUUCUCGGGGUCUCUUUUGCCCACACGCACCUUCUCUCCCCUCUGAUUGUCAUUUUAAUAACAAUAAUCCCUUUGUAUCCAAGCUUGGGUGGGAAGCGGGUGCGCCAGGUUUCAUAGCUGUUGCUAGUUCUUCUUUCUGCCUUCCUUGUGAUGAAGACUGUUCCUCAGCAGAGCACCCUGCUGAGCUGCAAUACUCUGGUCGCGGUGCUUCAGGGAGUUCUUCAGAUGUGGCUUUAACUAGUAAUGUCAAAGCUGUAUCAAAGCCUCUCGGCACCCUUUCUGACAGCCCUGGUCUGGCUCCAAAGAAGCAACACGAUUCUCCCCAGCCUCAGGUUGAGACUUCUUUGAAAAGAAGCAAGUUAGGCUACGGGAAAUCUGUGUCCUUUCUCCUCAGUGAAUCGGAGGGUGCUACAUCAGGUGAUGAGGAUUUGGAUGGGCAGGAACGCGAAAAGCAGUGCUCUGAUUUCAGUGAAAUGGUAUUGACGGGUUCAGAUGCAACCGGAGAGCGAGCAGGGUUUGCUCACGAACUGGAAGCGGGGUGCUACCCAUCAUCAGAGCGCUCUAGUGACAGCGUAGGUCCCAUCCGGCAUGGCGAGACCACUGUUCAGGGUGGUGAGGAAGUAGGUACUAUAAAUACUGAAGCCUGCACAAAGGGCAGCAAACACUUUGCAUCUCCCUCGGAGUGUAAUAAUAGCCUUUUCCCAGAGAAUGGGCCUGAGCAGCCACCUUCCCCCGAGAGUGAGCUGAAAGAGACGCAGAUCUUUGGUGAAAAGAGACAGGAAGAACGUGCACCCACGUUAGAACCCCAGGUGACUCCACUUGAUAAAAAUGACUCAUUUUCUCAAAUAGGAUCUGCCAGACCAACCUCGGGAGCUUGUGCACUGUCCCCUGGGGAAGGCGAUGUAGGGAGGGCUGGCAGUGAGGUGUUAGUCACUCCCAAGCCAGCACCACGGCUCUCUUUAACGCGGAAGAAGUGCCCACUGGUUUCUCAGGCUGAUGAGUUAAGUGGUGAUGUGCCUUCUUCAGGUGACGGUGUAAAAUCUGCGCCCGGGCUCCCAUUACACGUUGAUAAAGCCUCAGAUGCUCAUGGGUGUUUCCCCCAGAGCGGCUCGUUAGAGACUGUCACUCCACCAGCGGUGAUCAGAGAUGACAGCACUAAUAGGCAUUUAAAAAAUGAAGGUGACAAUGAUUUAUUUGACUGUCUUACAACUCUAAAGUCUGCCGUUCCUGUUACCGGAGACCGUGGUUUGAAACUGGCCAGUCUUCCAGUUAUUCCGGAGGGAGGCUCGGAUGACGAGCUGCUGGGUGACUGCCAGGAGAACCACGGCGUCGCUGCAGGUGAUAAAAACAUUUCAGAGACUGCAAAGCAGUCCCUGGAUUUAAUGCCUUUGCAUGAAGAACUGUCAGAGCACUCUGCUAGCUCUGCUGCAGCCCAAGUAACCCCGGCUGCUCCGGGAGGAGGAGGAGGUGGAGGAAGUACUCCUGGUGCUUGCAAGCCAAGCAAACCACGCGUGCCGCCUGCCAGAGUGGAUGUUCACAGUGUCAAUAACUGGGUAGCUGACUCAGGCUUAGGUAUGACAUCUCAUUCCAGGGAGCGUAGUAGUCAUUUUGAGAAACAAGAACUGAAAAUAAGUGCAGGUGUUGAGGAGUGUGCAGAGUGCGACUUCUUUGAGCCUUCUGUUUCCUCUUCCUCCCUGUCAAGUCCUUCCCAGCCCUACUCUUCCUCUCCUUCUCUCCCCUCUGACACCCCAAGUCAUAGAGCAGAGUCUCCGAAAAAGCCAACAGCCGAGGGCUUCGCAGAUAAAGCAGGAAAUUCUGGCAAGAAGAAGCUUCUUCAGGCAUGGGUUUCACCCUCUGAAACAUAUCCUAACCAAACUCAGCAGAGUGGUGAAACCGUGUCUCCUAAGCACAGACUCCAUCCUGUGAAGCCAAUGAAUGCCACAGCAAACAAGUCUCAGAGUCAAAACCUGAAUGUCAUCAGCACCAUGAAUGAAAAGCUGCUGGAGAUGAACGUGAAGAAAUAUGAUCCUUCAGAUCCUGCCUAUGCUUAUGCUCAGCUAACACACGAUGAGCUGAUCCAGCUGGUCCUGAAACAGAAGGAUGCAAUUACCAAGAAAGAUCUCCAGGUGCGGGAGCUUGAGGACUACAUCGAUAACUUGCUUGUCAGAGUCAUGGAGGAAACCCCAAACAUUCUUCGGGUUUCGAUGUCUGGAAACAAAAAAGCCGGGAAGAUGUAAAAGCUCUCAGGCAGUUGGUUGAACAAAGGACUGAAUUCCCAGCGGUGGAGUUUGAUUAAUAAGGAGAUGACAUGAAGUAGGUGGUACCGGUUGUGCUGCCCACAGAAAUGACCUCUUUCCUCUUUCUGCCUUGAGCAACUCUCGGUUUGAUUAGUAGUUAUGUCAGGUCUUGGAGAUGGAGUCCAGAAGUGGAGUCAACUUACCAUAUUUAUUUUUUGGUUUCUUUCCAUUAUUUGGGAAGAUUUGUUCAGGCAUCUAAUCCAAAGGCUGAUUGCGAUAGGAAGGAUGACGGGUUUUUGAUGUGUUUUGCUUGCCAGCAAGGCACUGAUGAUCCCUUAUGAAGAUUUUUUUUUUUAAAUGGUUUUGUUUCGUAGCAGCUUUGGUAGGUCAAUUACUCUUCUUUUCAUAUCUUAAGUUGUAGUGCAAUAUAAAACCUUGUACAGUAGAGCUUGAGGAUUUGAUUGUUCUUAAAAACAUAGUAAUAACUCCACUGGAGAAGUCCAAAGAUGUGUGCUUCAGACCAGGGCUGGGUGGGCUGUAUUUUAAAAGGAAUUAGUGCCCUAAAAGUUAUAAACCUGCAAUUUAAACCUUAGACUGUAAAGGAAGAAGAAAAGCUUAGUCUCAUAAAGUACAUAUUGCAUCAAAGCGGUUCUCCAAGGGGAAGGUUUACAGGUGUUUUUGGUAUAGGAAACCUGGAGGUGUCAUGGUACGUGUGUCUACCACAGGAGUGGUAGUAACGACUUGGGGCCAGAGGCUGUUGAAGGGGUUUAUGGGCUCACGCCUGGCUUGGCUGGAAAGGGGUGAGUUUCUCACUCAGUUUUUCCACAGCAAAGCACUUUAUUGAGGGGCUAGACGAGCUGGAUUGACUAUCAACCUGUUAGUACUCUGCUUACUAUUGUCAUUAAACACUGAAAUCUACCGGAGACUUCUCAAAUACUGUAUUUUUGUAGUGAAGAGUAGUUUAAUAUAUUUACCUAGAGAUGUAUACAUUUAUUUGAAAGUUCAAAAAAUGCUGUUAAUUACAUUUUUAUUACUGUAAACUGACUAACUACCAAAGUCUGGAGCUUUUCUGACAGAGCUGUCCUUCACAGGAAGCUUGAGUUGAAACGAGCCUUAAGCGUUAAGAGUCUUCUAAGACUUCGGGUACUUUUUUCCUAAUUUUAUUUUUACUUGAGCAGAUAUCUUCAGUGAAGGGGUUAUUCCUUCUCUACUGUACCCUCUUCUGUGAAUGAAGGGUGUGAAAUGCAGAAGGUCUUAGUGGCGUCUUCAGCUCUUGGCUGGUGGUUUUAAUUUUGCGUGGUACUGGCUGGCCUUACUGAAAACUGCUGCUGCUUCUCGUGCCUUGAAAUAGUGAGGAAGAUGAAGGAUUAAUUUGUUUCCUCCUUGUGCCUCAGUGGAUCUCUGGAAAGAAACGGUUGCCUAUACCUCACUAUAAUAAACUUGUCUUCUAGACUUUAUUCCACAGCUUUCUGAUGUUCUAGGUCAGAGAGUCAGAAAAACCGGUUGUGCCUUUGAACGGUGACUUAACGGUUCAAAAAUGGUGUUACUGGUGGUCGUAACUGGACACGUGGGAAGCAAGGCUGGACUCUUGCUUUUCGCUGCCCUCAUUUUAGAGCAAUGUGGGCACUGCUGAGUGGCUGCCGAAGGUACCGCGGUGCUGGGUGCGAUGCUUUUGGGGCGUGGAUUUUAUGAAGUUCGGCUCAUGUGCAUUCCUGUUGGCAGGAAUGCGCAUCUUGCAGUUACACACACACACAAACAAAGCGGUAAUAUGCUGUCUCCUUGGAGAUGAAGCCCUAAAACUUCUACUGUCCUCUCCUGGCAGCCUUUUUUUGCCAGUUACAGCCAUGUUUGUUGAGGUGGACCCUGGGCUGUGCCUGGCUUUUGCCCCUGAGGUUGUUCUCGGUGUCGAGCUCCUGCCGGAGCAGCCCGGGCGCUGCUGCGGGGUCCUGCACCAGCCACGCUUCAGCGUCCACGGCCGUGAAAGCAUCGCACAAACCUUGUACCUCAGGCUUUUAUUGGUGAUACAAGUUAAAGCCUUUCUUUGGUGUUAAGGGGACUGGCAUUUUAUGUCCAGCCAGGUGCUUCACCUUGACUUUAAGGGCCUGAAGAAUCAAAUGUAUUGUUUUAUUAUUGAAGGAUCUGAAUGUAUUUUUCUGUGUUUAUACUGUCUGCUUUUAGCCUGGGUACCUAUUUGUUUUUAAAUGCCUUUUGGUUUCAUAGAACACUAAAAUAAAAAUACCUGACAUCUAGCGUUGUUCGGAUCGCUUUGUCUUUUUUUCCAAAAGAGCAGUUUCAAAAGGGCCUCAUACCCUCCUGGUGACCAGCUCUGCUGCCAAAAACUCCUCAUCCUCAAGGUAUUUUUGGGCUAGUUCCAUCCCUGCCAGCUCUCAGUGCAGGAAGUUCAUGGUAAACACCUCGCAGGGUGGGGAAACCUGAUGGACGAGCUCAUCCGCAUCACGAGAAUUGAGAGUUUCUGUAAAAUAAAUGUGUGAAAGGUUUGCUGGCCAGGAGCCAGCACAAUCGCCCGGGUCUCUGAUUGUAAUGGCCCUCAGAUUGUGGGCAGCAGAUGACAAGAGGAGGAAAUCAGCCUCCUGCUGUCUCGGGGCCAUUUAGCCUGAAACCCAUCUGCGCCCCAGGAGUCCUGAGUGUCGUCAUCGCCCGCAGCCGCCUCUGGGGAUGGAAGGGA